UUCCACACGGACCUGCGCAAGAUCCUGGUGUCGCUCAUCGACGUCGCUCAGACGCUGCUCGCUCUCAACCCCGAAGCGGUCGACUUGUUCCGCACCGCAACGGUGCGCGCUCGCUCACCCACCUGCUCACCCGCACCCAUGUUGGAUGAGGACGUGGAGGCUGAGCGGCCGCCUGAGGUGGAGGGGGCGCUGACGCAGCUGCUGGAGAUGGGCUUCCCAGAGGGCCGUGCCAGCGUGGCGCUGCACUCCAACGACAUGUCGGUGACGCGCGCAAUGGAGUGGCUCAUUGAGCACGAGCAUGACUCAACGGCCGCCACCUCCACCGCCACCACCUCCACCACCCACCACCAUCGCCACCUCCACCACCACCGCCCCGGCGAUCACGGGGCCAGCGGCGGCGACGGCCUCGUGGUUGCCGCGCCCCCCGGCGGCCCCCCCGGCGACCUCCCCCGCUGCCCCUCGGUGUUCCGCCGGAAUCGGCGCCGGCGGGAGUUCCGGCCGGACCCCAUGGCGCUGGCGGCGCUGCUGGAGAUGGGCUUCGAGGAGAAGGACGUAGUGGAGGCGCUGCGAGUCAACGGCAACAACCAGGAGGCCGCUUGCGAGUGGCUGCUGGGGGAGCGCGCUGGCGCCGCCUCCGAGGGCGGGGAGGGAGGCUUGUCCCCCGGCAGCCCGCUGCUCCAGGCCAUCCUGGAGAACCCCGUGGUGCAGCUGGGACUCACCAGGCCCAAGAACCUGCUCGCGUUCGAGGACAUGCUGGAGAACCCGGUGAACAGCGCCCAGUGGAUGAACGACCCGGAGACCGGGCCGGUCAUGCUGCAGAUCUCACGCAUCUUCCAGACGCUCAACCGGAUGUGAUCCUGUCGCUCACACACCCACUAUGCUCCACCCACCACGCUCCACCCACCACGCUCCACCCACACACUCCACCCGUCACGCUCCACCCACCACGCUACACCCCCGCCACGCUCACACCCGCCACUAAUGGCAGCGUACUCACGCACGGAGACAGCUGCCACUAGGGGUGCCCCUAGGCGAGCCCACACAGCGGCAAUCAUCCCCUACGGCUGGCAGCGGACUCACGACCCAGGUCAAAACGCCGACUCCUGGUCUCGUGACUUCUCACCCGGUGACACAAAACCAACGUGAACUCGCUCACCCUGUACACCGACCCUCCGUUCCACCCUUCACACACAACCCGCGCGCGCCCUCUCUUACCUUACACCCUCGGCACAUGUAAACACAUUGUCCUGCGGAGGGAGCUGGUAGGAACACGUUGGGUUGCUCGGUCAAUGGCCUGCAGGGUCAACGGCCAGGGCGUGGUGUAUUCCGCAAAUAUGCCCGACCUGUGAGGGCGGGCACAAGCCGGCGUGAGUAGGUUAAAUGUUGAGUUUUAUAAGGGCACCACGGGGUGACCAGCCCCACCCCACCCAGCCCCACCCCUCCCACCCACUACCCAGCCCCUCCCCACCCUCCCCACCCAGCCCCACCCUCUUCACCCUCCUGUAGACCAGGCGAGGUAGUUGACAUCUCCUAGCCACCGUGAUGAUGAUGAGAGAGAGAGAGACACGCAGACUCCAGAUAUACAGCAGCAGCAGCAGCAGGCAUCGUCAGGGUCAGGAUCGAACCCACGACCUCCUGUACACCAGGCGAGGUAGUCGACAUCUAGCCACUGUGAUGAUGAUGAGAGAGAGAGAAACACAGACCUCCUGUAGACCAGGCGAGGUAGUUAACAUCUCCUAGCCACCGUGAUGAUGAUGAUGAGAGAGAGAGACACGCAAACUCCAAAUAUACAGCAGCAGCAGCAGCAGGCAUCGUCAGGGUCGGGAUCGAACCCACGACCUCCUGUAGACCAGGCGAGGUAGUCAACAUUUCCUAGCCACCGUGAUGAUGAUGAGAGAGAGAGACACGCAAACUCCAAAUAUACAGCAGCAGCAGUCAUCGUCAGGGUUGGGAUCGAACCCACGACCUCCUGUAGACCAGGCGAGGUAGUCAACAUCUCCUAGCCACAGUGAUGAUGAGAAAGACACGCAAACUCCAAAUACACAGCAGCAAGCGUCAAGGUCGGGGAUCGAACCCACGACCUCCUGCAGACCAGGCGAGGUAGUCAACAUCUCGUAGCCACUCACCCUGGACCUUCACCUCUCUCAGCUCCCCCCCCCUCCGUCCCUCCACUCACCCGGCCGCCACCCCCGCACCACGUGGGAGCCAGGGGCCACGUGUCUGCCCUGGGCCCCGCCAUGCAGGGGGCCUCCCUGCCGCCGUGCUCCCUUCCUGCCCCACAUGGACAUCGUCUUGUUGAGGCGGUCAUCGUGGGCAAUCCGCACGCCCCCCCCCCACCCCCACGGGACAUUAAGUUGCCGGGGUUGGCCAGUUGUGUGUGCGCGUGCACGUGUGUGUGUGUAUGUGUGCGUGUAUGUGUGCGUGUAUGUGUGCGUGUGUGUGUGCGUAUGUGUGUGUGUGUGUAUGUGUGUGUGUAUGUGUGUGUGUACGUGUGUGUGUGUAUGUGUGUGUGUAUGUGUGUGUGUGUAUGUGUGUGUAUGUGUGGAAUUCCAAAAAGACCUACAUCUCUGCUUUAUUGACCUGGUCAAGGCCUAUGAUACCAUCAGUAGGCCUGGGCUCUGGGUUGUUCUUCGUGCUUUCGGAGUCCCUGACCCUCUGCUCACGAUCAUUAAGGACCUUCAUGAUGGUGAGCGGGCCCGGGUAAAACUACGUGGCCGGGAGUCGGAGCCUUUCCCUGUACACCUUGGGGUGCGACAGGGAUGUCCUCUGGCUCCCACAUUAUUUAACAUCUAUUUUGACCGCGUAGUUCGUGAAGCCUUCAAUAGCUGUACCGGGGGAAUUUCCAUUUGGUACAGAUAUAAUGGGAGGCUGAUCGACGCCCGGGUGCGAUCAAGGGAUGGCUCCCUAUUGGUCAACCACGUUAUGUAUGCCGAUGAUUUGGUAAUAGCUGCUCACUCAGAGGAGGAGUUGGAGACGUUGCUGCUGAGACUGGAGCGUGCCACUAAGAGGUGGGGCCUUACCAUCAGCCCCACCAAAACUAAGCACCUGCCUGGGUAUUUUGUACCAUCGGACACUCCACCCCCACAACUCCCAAUUGGUGAUGGGGCAGUUGUGGAGAGAGUGGAGAGUUUCCCAUACCUGGGCAGUAUGCUUAUGAUCAGCAGAGGUCUCACUCCGAAUCAGUCGAGCGGCAAUAUCUUUUCAUCGGUUGCGUAACGCUGUGUGGAAGCUACCUGGUCUGUCGCUCCGCACGAAGCUUCAGGUCUUCUCGGCCACGGUCAUUCCCUCCCUUCUCUACGCUUGCGAGACGUGGACCCCCCU